AUGCAGAACACAUCAAAGUGUUACCUGCCAAGUUCGUGUGGUGGCAGAGACGUCGAAUAUCCAGAGAGAAGAUUAGAGAAGGUAAAAUGCCCAGAAAGCGGUUUCCUUGCGAAAGAAAUGAAAAAUCGUGAACCAAAUUCAGAUUUUUCGCUGCAAAAAUCUACACAUCCUUCAAAGGUUUUGUCUUCAGGUAGACGACGAAGUGACCAGUUUUCAAAAUCUGACUUCGAAAACAAUGUUCCUAGAAAUCUAUCAUCCGUUCAUCAUGCUGCCGUAUCCUCACAUCCUUCCUAUCCGCAAAUAAAUGAACCACAAUCUCGUACCGCUCCACUUAGUCGACGUUCUUCUGAUCAAUAUCGACUACAUAGUCCUAACGAUCAACAAGUUUCUUUUCAUGAAUCAUUAAAAGACCUUCUUCAGACUACCGAUUCUACUGAUAUGCACCCUCCAUCCCCCUUCUCAACUACUGAACCUUCAAUCCAAAUUCAGGAGUCGUCAUCACUGGAUCCGGAUGCUAACGAUUCUCAAGCAUCCCCGGACGUUCAUCCCGCAAGGAAAGCCAGUAAAUCAUUACGUGUGUUUGCAUCCUCGACUUUAAAUACUAAAGAUGGCAAUAAUAACACUUUGCAUCCUGUCCCUGAAAGUGAUUCUGUCGGACGAGCUUCUCCUGCCGUUCCUGACCAAUCUGCGAAAUACUCUCAUCAAAACUAUCAUUCAAACUCUACCCCCGGUUUUCUUGAACCCAAUGUAUCCAAUACAAAUCCUCAAGAUUCUUUAACUGCCACUCCUAAGGUUUCUCGAGGUCGUAAAGAGGGAUCCACCAAUUCCAAGACCACCGCUACGUAUAUUCCUCACCAUCCCUCUACUAAAUCAUCUCAACAUUUACCUCUUUUACCUGAUGCAUCUUUUGAAUUUGAUCGCUCUCUAUCUCGUCCUCGUUCUAGCCCUUUAUCUACUCCUCGUUCUUCGUUUUCCUCAAAAUCUUCUUCCCCCCCAGAUGAAAAUCCCUUCUUUAAUUGGAAUGUUGAUUAUCCCAUCACUGUCCAACUAGAACCCUUUAAACAUCAAGUCGGUGGCCAUACGGCUUUUUUUCGCUUUUCUAGAAGAGCUGUCUGUAAGCCAUUGACUCGCAAUGAAAAUACUUUUUACGAAACCAUUGAGACUUGUCAUCCUGAAUUGUUACCAUUUAUUCCUAAGUAUAUUGGUGUUUUGAAUGUCACUCAUACUGAAACAGAUCAGAACAAAGAAGAUACAGACGCUGCUGGAAAGGAUCAAGACGUUUCCCAGUCUUCCUCUAAAACUCACAAGAAAAAUAUUUAUGGUCAGUCUCAACGUCAAACCUGUGGAUAUAUCCCGGAAGUCAGCGUAGAACAAAACCGACACAUUUUUCCUGAAUGGAUGCUUCCUGAUCAUAGCCGAUACGGUGCUGGAAAAAACCACCAUAACAAAUCGAGCUCUUUAGAUGAUCGGCCAUCUUCUAACAAUCCCGAUUCUCCGCAGCCUCGAAAGACGCCUUGGGGUACUACGUUAAUAAAUAGAAAAUUGCGUGAACAAGUGUUGAAAGAAGUCUUUGCCCCUAAGCAUGCUCGCCAAUCACUAGCUUCUCGCUACAAGCUACGGAAUACGCACCGAUCGAGCAGACCCUCUGUUUUUAGAGAUAACACUGUUAAUGUUUUUCCUUAUGAUAAUAACUCUCGUUCCAGGCGAAAUUCUGAGGCUGAUCCUAAUAAGAGUCUGUCCUGUAGUGUUGAGGAUAAGUGUUAUGAUAUGUGUACUGCUGUUGAUGAGGAAAAUGAAGAAAUGGACUAUGAUCCUUUAAGUAAGCAGAAUAAAUGUCCUCGAAACCAAAGACGAUACUCUUCCGAUGCUGUAUGGGAAGAGCCAGAGUCAAACGAAUUCCCCCGUUUAUCUGAGAUGCUGGGCGAUUAUGAGUGCAAACCUGGUUUGCCAAAAUCCUCCAAAUACAUUGAAUAUAGUAAGAAGAUGCAAGCCCAGAAAAAUGCAUCAGAAGUCCCUAUGUUUGACAUGGACAACGAAGACUCAUUUGAAGAUCCUCCUCCCCUUGAAGCUGUCGAUAAUAGUCUAGCAGAUGAUCGAGCGCAUAGAACGACUUCAUUUCCAAUGUUGUCGAAGGCAUUACCUGAAGAACAUGAAGAAUCAAAACACUCGGAAGAAGAUCUUGACGCCUUGCUUAGAUCAACUCAAAUUGAACGCUAUAUUGUAAUUGAAGAUUUAACAAGUGGAAUGAAUCGUCCUUGUGUUUUAGAUGUUAAGAUGGGAACCAGGCAAUAUGGUAUAAUGGCUACCGAAAAGAAGAAAGCAUCUCAAACCAAGAAGUGUGCUAUGACUACAUCUCGCGUAUUGGGUGUUAGAAUAUGUGGGAUGCAAGUGUGGCAUUCAAGAUUUCAAUCGUACACGUUUGAGGACAAGUACGUCGGUAGGGAUAUAAAAGCAGGUGAGGAGUUUCAGCUUGCAUUGAUGCGAUUUUUAGGAUGGACGGAGGAGGAUGAGGAUAAUGAGCACGUACUAAUACUUCAUAUCCCUGCUAUUUUACGAAAAUUGAGGCAUCUGGAACAGAUUGUUCGUUUGUUAAGAGGUUCCAGAUUAUAUGCGAGCUCUCUUUUAUUUAUAUAUGAUGGCGAACCUUCACCAAACAACGGAUCCAGUAGUUCAUUAGAUCACGAAGGAGCCACUCCGAGAGAAAUCGAUAUUAGAAUUGUCGAUUUUGCGAAUUGCGUUUUUGCAGAAGAUAAAAAUAUGCUUUCAGAUGCGACUUGCCCUCCACAGCACCCAGAUUCGUACGACAAAGGAUACGUUCGAGGUUUACGCACCUUACGCCUUUAUUUUUCUAAAAUAUAUCGAGAAUCAAAAGGAAUGCACGUUGCUGAACGUGGUUAUGAAGAUAAUUUUACUGAGGCUUGCGAUGAGCUUGGCGAAGAGUUUGACUUUCCUGAUGAAGACGCUGCUUGUGGAGACGCUUCUACUUGA